CGUACUGUCAAAAUUCAAAACAAACACACGUGCGACCGGUCCCCAUGAGCGAAAGGAAUACCGCGUGCGGUUCCGAAAAGGCUAAUAAAAAUGAAGCUCCUACCAGAGUUGACGAAUUUGCGACCGGAAUUUAAAGAAAUACCAAAAAAGCAAAAUGAGAUCCUGGCAAACCUGGGCCGUCCCCACAUCGAUUCGUUCAACUACAUGCUGGACGAGGGCAUCGAGGACGUGCUGUCCCGGUUGGUGCCGGUGUGCUUCGAGAUGGCGAACGGCAGCCGCAUCAAGCUGCGGAUAACGGACAUCAGCAUCGCACCACCGACCGUCCCGAUGAUGCUGGUCGAGGUGGCGGAGAAGCGAGUGUUUCCGAGCGAAUGCCGGCAAAAGUCCGAUACGUACGCGGGCAUGUGCACGAUCACGCUCAACUGGGAGCUGGACGGCGUGCCGCAGAGUCCGCUGACGAGGGAGAUGGGUCGCAUCCCGAUCAUGCUGCGCUCGAACGCGUGCAAUCUGGCCAACGCAACGCCGGAGGAGCUGGUGGCGCGCGGCGAGCAUGAGGACGAGUGGGGCGGUUACUUUGUCGUGCGGGGCAACGAGAAGCUGAUCCGCAUGCUUAUCAGCACGCGCAGGAACUAUCCGAUUGCGGUGAAUCGUAAUACGUGGCGCGAUCGGGGCAAAGACUUCAGCGCCACCGGCGUGUUUAUACGGUGCGUCCGGGAGGAUCAAUAUUCAACGCGAAAUGUGCUCCAUUAUUUAACGAACGGUACGGCCAAGCUGAUGAUUAGCGUGUCGAGGGCGCUGUCCUUCAUCCCGGUGAUGAUGAUACUGAAAGCGCUCGGCGAUCGGUCGGACAACGAAAUCUACAAGAAGCUGACCGCGUGCGACGAAAGCGAUCAGUACUACAAAAGAUGCAUCAUGGCGAUGUUGCGUGAUCUGCACGCAGAAAACCUACACAGCUCGCAGGAAUGCCGCUCGUAUAUGGGCAUGCUGUUGCGCCGGCGACUGAUGGACAUAAACCUGCCCGCCUGGUACUCGGACGAGCAGGCGGGCCACUUCCUGCUGCAGCACUGCGUGCUGAUCCAUCUCGACAGCGUGGAGGACAAGUUCAAUCUGCUCGUGCACAUGGUGCACAAGCUGUAUGCGGUGGUGCAGGGCCGGCACGCGCUCGAAUCGCUCGACGGCACGAUGAUGCAGGAGAUACUGCUCGGGGGCCACAUCUACCAGGGCUUGCUGCGCGAGAUGUGCCUCUCGACGAUGCAGUACGUGCGGAUCAAUCUGAUGAAGCUGUGCCCGGACCGUACCUCGCCGAUGGUGACGACGCACGAGCUGGCCCAGGCGCUGAAGAAUGUGGCCGGCUUUCAGCACCCGUUCACGAUGUUCCUGGCGACGGGCAAUCUGGCGAAGGCGACCGAGAUGGGGCUGAUGCAGAGCACGGGGCUGGUGAUUAUUGCGGAAAACAUUAACCGCAUGCGGUACAUGUCGCACUUCCGGGCGGUACACCGUGGCUCGUACUUCCUGACGAUGCGCACCACCGAAGCGCGCCAGCUGUUGCCGGAUGCGUGGGGCUUUAUCUGCCCUGUGCACACGCCCGACGGGGAGCCGUGCGGGUUGCUGAACCAUAUGACCUCCGACUGUACGGUGUCGGUGACGCAGGAUCCCGAACUGGUGGCCAACAUCCCGGCCACGCUCGUGUCGCUCGGUAUGCAGCCGUUCGGUGGUGAUGCUGGCAGCUUCGGUGCGCUCUCCCACGACGACGGGUACGUGGUGAUGCUGGAGGGCAAGAUGCUGGGCAUGUUGCCCCGUGCCACCGCCAGUCAGGUGGUGCAAAAGCUGCGCCUGCUCAAAAUCGAAGGCAAAACCAUACCGAACCAAACGGAAAUCGCGUUCGUGCCGGCCCGGGAAGGUGGCCAGUAUCCCGGGCUGUUUCUAUUCGUCGGACCAGCGCGCAUGAUGCGCCCGGUGAAGAAUCUGCUGUGCGGCAAAACCGAACUGAUCGGUUCGUUCGAGCAGGUGUACAUGGACAUCUGCGUCACGCCGGAGGAAGCGUACCCGCAGCUCACCACCCACGCGGAGCUGGCGAAAACGUCGUUCAUGAGCAACCUGGCCCAGCUGAUCCCGAUGCCGGACUGCAACCAGUCGCCGCGCAACAUGUACCAGUGCCAGAUGGGCAAGCAAACGAUGGGCACACCGUGCCACAACUGGGACAAGCAGUGCAUCGCGAAGAUGUACCGGCUGCAGACGCCCGCCACGCCACUGUUCCGCCCGGUGCACCACGACAACAUUGCGCUGGACAACUACGCGAUGGGCACGAACGCGAUCGUGGCCGUCAUUUCGUACACCGGGUACGACAUGGAGGACGCGAUGAUCAUCAACAAGGCGGCGUUCGAGCGGGGCUUCGCGGCGGGCAACAUCUACAAGCACGAGUACGUGGAGCUGACGGGGGAUAGCUUUUUUGCGCGCAAUCCCAAAGAUGCCUCGCUCAAUCCGUUCCUCGACAACGACGGGCUGCCGUUCAAGGGCGCACAGCUGACGAAGGGUACGCCGCUGUACUGUUACUUCGACGUGAACGAUCACACGUACCACGUGGUGCCGUACCAGGGCUACGAGGAAGCGAUCGUGGACAACGUGAAGCUGGGCGCCCCGCUGCAGGAUGCGGGCCGUGGCAUUGGGCGCGGCGGGAUGGCCAUCGUAACGAAGCAGCUCAUACUGACGUACCGGGUGCCGCGCAAUCCGAGCGUGGGCGACAAGUUCGCGUCGCGAGCGGGGCAGAAGGGCAUCUGUUCGCAGCACUGGCCGGCGAUCGAUCUACCGUUCACGGAGUCGGGCAUGAUACCGGACAUUAUCUUCAACCCGCACGGCUUCCCGUCGCGCAUGACCAUUGCGAUGAUGAUCGAAACGAUGGCGGGCAAGACGGCGGCCUGCCAGGGCCUGGUGCACGAUGCGACCCCGUUCCGGUACGACGAGAGCAACACGGCGAUCGACUACUUCGGGCGGCUGCUGGAACAGUCUGGGUACGAUUACUACGGCACGGAGCGCAUGUACAGCGGGGUGGACGGGCGCGAGAUGAAGGUGGACAUCUUCUUUGGGGUGGUACAGGUUAGCGAUAAGUGGCAGGUACGGUCGACCGGCCCGAUCGAUCAGCUGACGCAUCAGCCGAACAAGGGCCGGUCGCGGGGCGGUCGAGAUGAACGGCGGCUGCAGGAUCGGCUGGUGCACGGGUCGGACAAGGUGGUGGCGCUGGUGUGCCGCCGGUGCGGCACCCUGAUCGGGCCGAUCGACAGCGUGACGAAGCGGCUGGCGGACAACUCGAACCAGCUGCAGCACGUGCCGGCCACGUGCCGGCUGUGCGAGGACGACAAGGAGAUUGGCCAUGUGGAAAUUCCGUACAUCUUCAAGUUUCUGGUGUCGCAGCUGACGUCGAUGAACAUUAACGUAAAGCUGCAGCUGUCCUAUCCCGAUGUUUGAGGCGGCUGUUGGAGUUGGUUUACACGAUCAUUUUCUGUUUAGUUCGUUAGGUGUAAAAUGGUAACUUUAAAUAAAAAAAUAAGGGCACCAAUCCUAAAAUUAAAGAUUGUGCUUUUCAGAUUCAAUAA